AUGUCAAGACCACCGCGCCGAGGUAAGGGUAUAAAAGAUGAGAAUCAAGACGACGAAUUGGCGCAUGAACCCACGCGGCUUUUGACCUCUGUUUUGAAGACACUCGACUUGACUUUCGAAAGAGAUAUAGGCAUGUUGAAUGGGAAAAAUGUGCGUUCCUUGCCUGGGCUUCAACCUUUACAGAAUUUACAAGGACUUUUAGACAAGCUAGAAUCGACUUUAGAACGAAUUUCGGUCAGUGACAAAGCCACAAUUGAAACAAUAAAGAAAAUAUUGGAAACUAGUACGGCAGCUCCACCGCCUACGAAUCCAGCCCCAGAAGAAAUUGAACAGCUGGAUAGUCUCAAUGUGGCACCUCAAGCUUCUGAACCACCGGUUACCGAUGAAGAGGCAGACGCAGAACCUGUUAAACAGGCAAACCGUAAACGGUCGCUGAAAGUUGAAGACGAAGAAGAAGAAGAAGAAGAAGAAUUUGGGAACAAGAGAGUGGCCACCAAAGCUUUGGCACCCUCGGAAGAUGCGGAGAAAAAAACACAGAAACAGCUGGAUAGAAUAGAAAGUGAUCCCUCCGUCAAAAAUCCAAAAUCGGAGUUCGUCGUGUCCCAAACGCUUCCCGCCGCAGCUGUAACGCUGGGACUUUUCACCAACGAAGGCCUCGAGAGCACGGGUGAGAGCUCCUUGAAGAAGAAGUACGGUGUGUCAAGUUACCCUACAAGCGAUCUGAAGGACCUUCUGCCCGGGGUGAUUCCAGACAUGGAUUUUUCCAGACCUAAACCAGCCAACCAGAUUCAGUUCACCACUUUUCUAACGUCUGUCGACAACUUCUUUCGCGACUUGUCCGAGGACGACAUCAAAUUUUUGAGAAACAAAUACAUUAUACCGCCCAACGUUAAGGUGGAAAGAUCUUACGAUCCAGAAGUCACGCCAUAUGUCAUUCCCAAGCUAGGGCCACUUUACACAGAUGUUUGGGCUAAAGAGGACAACAACGAAAACAUUGCUAAUCUUUCACCACCUCCCCUACACGACCCAACCAGCAUUCUUCCAAAAAAAUCAAGUAGGGAGCUUAGUGACGAGACCUUAGAUACGGAAGAUAUUUCAUGUGGUCCACUAGUUUCCAGAUUGCUGUCAGCAAUUUUGAAGGACGACACAAAAGAUGCCAAUGCGACGGACAGCACGGCUGAUGAAGACGUCAAGACCGGUACGCCGAACAUAGGCAACGCCACUCUCACUCCCUCAAGUGAGCUGGACGAUGAUCGGCUCGUUAAAAGUUCGUCUACGAGUGCCCUUCCCCAGCAGCUAGGCUGGAAAGUUAAUAGCGUCAACCUCGAUUAUCCUACUUUUGAAGAGCGUCUGAAACGAGAGCUCAAAUACGUUGGCAUUUACAUGAACUUGCCCAAGAGUGAGGAUAGCAAUUACGCUGAAGAUCCGGACUGGCUAUCAGGACGAGAGGAUGAUGAAAUCAGUUCAGAACUGCGAGAACUGCAGAACGAACUAAAACAGGUGACAAAAAUUAAUACUAAAAGGAAAGCGACAUUAGUGCCUCUGGUAGAGCGUCGAUUGGCUUGGCAAGAAUAUGCGUCAAUACUCGACGAUCUAGACAAGCAAACCGACCAGGCUUACGUGAAAAGGAUUCGAGCCCCAAAGAACAAAAAGAAGAAGCAACAGGCUGUCUCAUCAGGCGCAAGUUCCACAUCUCAAGCUGCGAUACAAGCAGCACAUCAGCAAGCCGCCAAUUCGAGUUUAAAGUCUCUUUUGGAUAAAAGAAGACGGUGGGUUACAAAGAUUGGACCUCUAUUCGAUAGACCAGAGAUAAUGAAGCGCAUACCCAAAGAAAGUGUUUUUAGAGACAUGGAUCAGGAAGAAGAGGAAGACGACGGCGAUGUUUUCGGAAGCAAUGGCAAUAAUAAGGAUGAUGAAUUGACUGAUAGUUUACAAAAUAAAGACGAAUGA